GUCUCGGUCGAUAAGGCGACGCGUGCGCCGAUCUUCGGGAAAACUGGAGUAGGUCCUAUUCUGUCAGUGCGUCAACAACUUAUUGUCUCGUUCUGAAGGAAAAUAGUGAUGAACAACACGAGCUGCACCGUGUGUAAACUGGGUCCACCACCAGACAUGAUAUUACGCCUCCCACCGCCGCCGAUUCCAGCAUUUCUUCAACGUAAUUCUGACAUCUCAUCAUUUUAUUUAAAUUCCGAAGUUCAAUCGUUCGCCACGCAUUUGAACGACAGUCCUUGCAAACAUUUUUGCGAUUGGAGGUCGGAAGGUGUUCAGUACAUUGAACUCCCGCAACAAGGAACAGUUUUCGACGAUACCUGGCUACUCGUCCUUAUGUCGUCCUGUGUAGGAGUCAUAUUCGUCGGUAUUAUCCUUGCCGUACUACUUCUCAAGUGCAAGUCAACUAGCGGAGGUAAGACCGGUGUCUCGUCAAUACCUGUGGCAACUUCGACUGUACAGGCCAAGUUGGGGAGGAUUCCAAACGAGGCAGUUCUUUAUCCCUGUGCGGCAGACACCCUGCAGGACAGCCGAGUGAUGUGGGCGACAUUAACUCCCCGCGGAACGACGCGCCAUUACUUAGAAGAUCAUCAUUACGAAACCAUAAACAACACGCGAUUUCCAAAGCGCACUAUUGCCGCUUCCCCAACUGAGCACGUAUACGCUGAACCACCCGUACCAUCACCAGUGCAGACUCUUCCAAAAGAUGGGUCGGCAUUUGAUAACACUGCUUUUGUUGAUUACGAGGAACCUCUUACUGCGAGGACUGAAUAUUAUCAAUUGGAUGAUGUCUUGGAACCAAAUUUUUCAGGCAACGUAACACUGCAACGAGGGACGUUGCGUCCACGUGUGAGUUCUCCAACGAGAAUUGAGAACCCGAAUUUGCCCCCAUUGAACCUUCAACCCCACAAACGUACUCUGCGUCGAACCCAGGGAACUCAGUCAAGCACGGACAGCUUGUCGAGAAGCAGUGCCACGUCGUCGACUUUCACCCCGAAUUUAUAAAUUCCUAUGAUGAUCUAAUCAUGAUGAGGGUUGAGUGUAAUAUUAAUCGUGGUAUUCCAUGUGUAUGAAAUAUUUGUAUCGAUUACUCAUCCAUUGACCUUCAUUCACCCUCUAAGACUAUGUCAUAUUUUUUAAUCGUUUCCCUCACAGGUGAGAGAGUCUUUGAUCAAUACAAAAAAUUGAAUUUUUUCUCAAUAUCUAGUCAAGUAGAACGUCAAUCGAAGUACCUGCACCUUAGGGCGGGUCGAAAAAAUCCAUUAUUGUAUCUUCCGUUUCUAUAAAGACACAUAUAUUGGCAUAAUGACAACACUUUAUGCCACUCGAAAACUGUGCAAUUAGUGAUCUGAAUGAAAGUUUCGUAUUUUUUCGACCCACCCUUUUGCACAUAUAUGUAUUAUUUAUUAUUCGAAUUGUUAGAAAUGUAUGGACAUCCACAAAAAUAAGGAUGACCUCCAUAACUAUGCGGAUUAUAACUAUGUGAUCCUAUAUUGUUACAAACAUUUUUAUUUAUUUAUUUCAUUUCGGAUGCAUUCUUAUCAAUAAAAUGAACCACCGGCACAGGUAUGAAUUGUAAGCACACUCACCUGCCUACUUGAUGUAAUUACAUACUUGUGUACACCCACAUUGCUGUAACUGUUUUUACAACUUCUAUAGGUAUUAAAUAAAUAUAGUAGGUAUAAUUAUU